AACAUCUAAUAAUACAACUUAAACUAUAUUAGUCUAUAUAAUUUCGGAGUUAUGUAUUUCUCAAAGAGUCAUUUCAAACCAGAAGGUAAAGUGGCCGUAAUUAUCGGAGCUUCACAAGGUGUGGGUGCAGAUUUAGCGCUUAAAUUAUAUCAUCGUAAUUGUUCGGUUGUAUUAGUAGCUAGAACUACAAGUAAAUUACAAGCACAAGUUGAAAGAAUUAAAAAAACUGUUGGAGAAUCUGAAGCUUGUCAUAUUUCUUAUGUAUCAAGUGAUGUUUCUAAAUAUGAUGAAGCAAUUAAAUUAUGGGAAGAAAUUAUAAUUAAUAGAAAACUUGAUCCUGAUUUUAUUUUUACUUGUGCUGGUUCAUCAAUUCCUAAAUUAUUUAAUGAUUUAACUGGUAAAGAUAUUGAGAAUGGAAUUUUAAUUAAUUAUAAUACUGCAGUUAAUUCAAUUCAUACUGGAUUUAAACAAAUUUUAGCUUCUAAUUCUGAAAUAUCUCGUGAUCAAUUUAAGUCAAGACAUAUUAUAUUAUUUUCUUCAGUAGUAAGUUUUUAUCCAUUCAUUGGUUAUGCUCAAUAUGCUCCAUUAAAAGCGGCUAUUCAAUCUUUAUCUAUAAUACUUCGUCAAGAAUUAGGUCCAUACAAUUUUAGAAUUUCAUGUAUAUUCCCUGGUAAUUUCUUAAGUGAAGGUUAUGAAGAAGAACAAAAGACUAAACCAGAAAUUACUAAAACAAUUGAAGGUUCAAGUGUAGCAAUUCCAGGAGAAGAAUGUGCUGACUUAAUAAUUGAUCAAUUAAGUAAAGGUUAUGAUACAGUUACAACUGAUUUUGUUGGUUGGGUAUUAGGAUGUUCUGUUUUAGGAGUAUUACCUCGUAAUUGGUCAUUUUUUCAAAUCAUUAUUAGUUUCUUCUUUCUGAUUAUAGCUCCUAUUGCCAAUUGGGUAGUAUAUCGUGACAUAAUUACUUUUUUUAAAAAGAGAGAUAAUGAAUCUGAAGCUCAUAAAGUUGAUUAGAAUCUUACAUUAUAAUUAAAGUACAAUAUACACUACAGUAUAGUAUAGUUUUGUAUGCA